GCCCAGGAAAGUCAUUUUAUGCUGUGCUUAAAGAGUCUAAAGAAGCUGUAAUAAGUUGUAAUGAGGCGGCAGCUGCUCAUGAAAACAACACACCUUAUGCAGCAAACACAAAAACAAAUGAAGCAGCAACAACCACGCCUACGCCUCCAGAGAGCCUUUGUUAAUCUCGUUAGGUCAGUGGCACGUUUGCGUAUCAACAACUUGACUGUUUACAUUCUAGUUAAAUACCAAAAACAGGUUGGGGAUCGUCACUCUAGCAGUUGUUGGACUCUGCUUGAAGCCGCUUUUCACACAGUGAACAUGGCAUCGCUUUCCCCGAGCUCUCGUCUCAACAAGGUCGUGCGGCAGCAGUACAUGAGCCUGCCUCAGGGAAAGAAGUGUCAGGUCACCUACAUCUGGAUUGACGGCAGCGGAGAGGGUCUCCGGAGCAAGAUGAGAACUCUAGAUGCAGAACCGACAACUGUCACAGAUAUUCCUGAGUGGAACUUCGAUGGCUCGAGCACGUAUCAAGCCGAAGGCUCAAACAGUGACAUGUACCUCAUUCCUGUGUGCAUGUUCAGGGAUCCGUUCACCCUCGACCCCAACAAACUGGUCCUCUGCGAGGUCUUCAAAUACAACCGCUCCCCUGCAGAAACGAACCACAGAGCGAGUUGCAACGAAGUGAUGGAGGAGGUUAAAGAGCACCACUUGUGGUUCGGCAUGGAACAGGAGUACACUCUUUUAGGAAUAGAUGGGCAUCCUUUUAGCUGGCCCCCAAAUGGAUACCCAGCACCCCAAGGUCCUUAUUACUGUGGUGUGGGAGCAGACAAUGCAUAUGGUCGGGACAUUGUGGAGUGCCACUACAAGGCCUGCCUCUAUGCCGGGAUCAAAAUCGGUGGCACCAAUGCUGAAGUUAUGCCAUCUCAGUGGGAGUUUCAGGUGGGCCCCUGUGAAGGUAUUGAAAUGGGAGACCAUCUCUGGGUCGCUCGCUUCCUGUUGCACCGUGUGUGUGAAGAUUUUGGAGUGGUGGCAACACUUGACCCCAAACCAAAAGAAGGCAACUGGAAUGGCGCUGGUUGUCACACUAACAUCAGUACCAAACAGAUGAGGGAACAAGGCGGACUGCAGUAUAUCAAGCAAGCCAUUGAUAAACUGAGCAAAAAACACAAAGAGCACAUCAGUGUGUACGACCCACAUGGAGGCAAAGACAACAUGAGGCGUCUAACAGGUCUGCACGAAACCGCCAGCAUUAAUGACUUCAGUGCUGGAGUGGCUCACCGAGGAGCCAGCAUCCGCAUCCCACGGCAGGUGGGCCAGGAGGAGAAAGGCUACUUUGAGGACCGCCGGCCCUCAGCAAACUGUGACCCAUACGCAGUGACAAAGGCCAUUGCACACACCUGCUUGCUUAGUUCAGAAGAAGAAGAAGAAGAAAGCUAAUAGAUGAAAAAGGUACAGUCAUGUCUAGGUGUAAAUAGAUUAGUGAGCACAGGCCCAUGGCUUCAAAAAACCUCUGUGAUAGUUAAGACUUCCUGUAGACAGUUUAAAAAACCACAACACAGAAGAGAUGCAAAAUUUCCCAACACAUCUAUACGGACCCAAAGAAAAAACAAUGAUGAAGAGACCAAAAAGAAACAAACAGAAACAAAAAGACCUAAAUGAUCACAUAUGUAAAAUAACAGCAUAAACAUCAGAAAGAGAUGCUCCAAUUCAAGCAUAUACAAAAUGUUAAUUUAAUUAAAAGCACAAAUAGCACAGCUGCUAUUAUACACAAAAGGAUGGUGAAGAAGUAUACAAUGGGAUGCCACAUGAACACAAAAAACAGUAAAGAAUGAUGAUGAGGGAGAAAUAGGAGACUGGAAGAAAAGAGUAUUUAGUACACCAGCACUGACACAUCUGGAAACAGAUAUUUCUUGUUUUAAUUGUUUAUUUUCUGAGCUUACAUGCAAAUUGUGAGUCAUUAAAACGUAAAUCUGUUCAUCUUUAUUAAACUGUUACAUGUGUCUGUUUUGGAGCAAGUUCACAUUUAUGUAGUCUCUGACACUGUUCACAAAGUGUCUAUAAUGUAGUAAGAAAAUCAAAUGACAAAAAUAAAACCUUCUAAGUAGA